GAAACAGCUCGCGUGGACGCUUCAUUUGCGCAUGCGCGGCCUUCAUUCUUCCUUUCCGAAAUCCGAGCGAAAGAGACAAGAUGGGCCACCAGCAGCUGUACUGGAGUCACCCCAGAAAGUUCGGUCAGGGAUCCCGUUCCUGCCGGGUUUGCUCGAACAGACACGGUCUCAUCCGUAAAUACGGGCUGAACAUGUGCCGCCAGUGCUUCAGGCAGUACGCGAAAGACAUCGGCUUCGUCAAGAUGGACUAGAUCUCAUGUGCCGACGCGUCCUCAGAUGGGUCACCGGAUCUCUGGAGCACCGGCCGAGAUGAUGCGGAUAAUUCAGCACUGCAAAUAAAUGUGUUUUUUUGUCCAAAGCUUAA